AUGGAUUCUGACACAUUUCCCACUCGCUGGGAUGGUACUCGGCUGUCAUCAUCCCCCUUCUCGCGACCUGGAUGGUCCCGACUGUCUCCAUCCUAUGCACCGCCAACAAGCGAUGCGGGUCCCUCACACCACGCAGAUUGGCGUCACUAUGAAUCUGCAUUAGACGAGUCAGAUCGAUCUCACCGAUCUACCGCCCUGCAUCAAGCUCACAGUUCACGGCCUUUAUCCCGGCGAGAUAAGCCUGUCAACCCUGCUGCCUAUAGACAACUGCACUCUGUACCAACUCAGCCUGUCCUUGUCAGAGCGUACUCCGGAAAUGCUGAGGGCACUACAAUUACAAGAUCGCCGACUAUGUCUCCACGCCGAUUGUUCCCAUUUACGGGUCCAAGGACUUCGGCUCCGACUCGCUCACCGGGCCCGCCUCUCCCCUCGGACAAGGAUUUCAGUAUCGAAAGUAUACUACAGGCCAUCGAGCCUGAUAUCCGUGGAACCCUUGAUUCCAUUGCUGAUAUCUGUGGACGAAGCAAGCUCAGUCUUGCUAAUGAAUAUGGCAGCCACAUUGCCCCCCUCGGUGAAAUCCGAGCUCCCCCUGGUGGCUUGGUGCCUGUCGAAGAAGUCAGCACCAGUGACGAGCGUCGUGAUGAAGGUGUAGUGAUCUUUGAUGACGACCCAAAUCUUAUGGCCAUGGACGCUAGUCGUGAUACCAACCCGUUCUCAUACUAUCGGUAUAUUGAGAACCUCCGCCAAGCUGCCUCGGCUUUGGAACGAAACGGAGAACCCGGUCCGACAGUGUCUGCACCGUCAGUGCGUACACGAUCUGCAGCAGUAAACAACCACACUGCUGUCUUGUCAGAGCCUGACGUUGUCAAUUUGCCGAACACUCGAGACUUUAUCUCUAGACCGAAGCACUCUGGGCGAGACUUACUAGCCAAGCACAUUACUCCCCAGGAUGAGUCUGUGCCACAAGAUAUCGCGACCCAUGCUGUUGUUUCAGAGGUUCAUCUGGAAGCCCGGGCCGAAGAGGGACAUCUGUCUGGUGACGUCGGUGGCUUCGCCAUGAAUAAUUCUAUUUAUCUUCAUCCAAACGAGACAUGGCAAGCAUCCGAUAUAAUACACUCUCUACUUGGCUGGUUACGCUGGACAGCACGAGUAGCUGAACCAGAGAAUCGGCCUGCUUUACAAUCAGCCGAGAGCCGUUUACGUGCCAUGUUACAACAAUCAGCCAUCGACAGGAACAUAUCUGCACUAUCAUAG